AUGGCACGGGCAGCUAGAGGUGUUGUGAUUGUAGGCUUGAGAAAACGGUGGCGGACUUCUAUGUCAAGAAUGGUGGCCGUGUGCGCUCCUAUUGCAACGGUUGCUCCAGAAAGCGGAGAGCAGCUUACAAAAGAACUCUUCGUGGGAAUGCUAGUGUUCUUGUGGGUAGCGCAAGGCAACGAGCCAAUCUCAAGAGUCGAGCUUAUAAUUUGGACGUUGACUUCGUUCUUGACCUCAUCCUUCAGCAAAAAGGCAGAUGUGCCCGGGAAGAAAGCUUUGAUACCUCUCAUCCCGUUGGCGGGUGUGAAGCAUCUCCUGAAGCUAUCGAAGCUACAGGCUAUGAGGGCAGGAGCUUCGGCCAAGACCUACUGGCUGGUGUUUGUCCUAAAUGGCCUCAUCACCGCCGAGGAGGCGGUGAUGUCGGCUGUCGUGGCGGCAUGCGUGAAUGCAACGGUGCUAGAGCCAAAGGCAUCAGUCUGCAUUUUGGAGGGAGCGGAGGCGAUGACAUCCUUGAGGCAAAGGCAGGUACAGGUGCUCCUGGAGGUGGAGACCUCAUCAUUCACCGAGAGAGACUGGCGGAUGUCACUGGAAAGGCCAGAAGAUUGGAACAGCUGCAGUUCUUUACUACUCCGCUGUGCCCAAGCAGUCCUGGAUCUUCAGACCUCCGCCGGCGCAACUGCUGCGGAGGGAGCGACACCCGCGGCGGGAGCCACCUCACCCGCGUCGAGUGGGAGCGACGCCACCGGCGCCCGCGACCCGAAGACAUCGAAGUCCUGCGACGAUUCUACGCCGGACACGCGGGACGGUGAUGCAGCGGCCAGCCGCGCACUCGCGUUCGCGCCGUCACGCGGCUGUCUUCGAUCCUUCGAGAUGCGCAUCACUGUGAUUUCGAAGGUUGGCGCGGCCAAGGCGGCCGUGCGCUCGGGUGGUCAAGCCUUCUCUUCUGCGCAGAAUGAAACUGGUGAAUCUGGUGGCUCUGGUGAAUCUGGUGGCUCUGCUAGCUCUGACGUGGUGCCUGCUCGAUUCUCUGCGUGCUUGCCAAACGCCAGCCAUUGGCAGUUGAAGUAUUUGCACGGCCUGACCACGCAGUUCCCCUUGGGUGUCUGGAAUCCGCAUGCAGAAACCGGUGAGUUGGAUCCUGCUACGGCCAUAUUCAUCAUUCUCGCUCAGGAUGUUCUUGGAUAUCAAAUUGAGCUUCUUGGGCAGCCGAGCGCUGAUAUGAGCGACGCAUUCAACGCGCUCAGCGGCUGUGAAGCCAAGUGGACAAAUGGGUCGGUCACUUGGCUCUGCGAAGGACAAGAGACCCGGGUCCAUGCAGGCUUCGGUCUCAACUUCCAGGCAGCGGGCGCGAAAAGCGCCUUCGACCGGCUGCAGCGCUUGCGCAUUGGCGGAAUGAUGGAAGAUCUCAGCAGCAUGGGAUUCCUCAGCCGUGUGGGCAUGUACGUGAAGCGCUCGAUCCGCGAGCGAGCGCUGAUGGAUCGGAUCUUCUUAGACGAUUAUCGGACCUACAACGCCUCGCGCCAGGCCUUCUAUCAGCCCCAGCGGUACUUUACGCCCUUAAGCUCCAUCGACGUGGAUCUCUUGGUGCCCUGCGAUCAAUGGACCCUGGUCGACUGGCACACCAAUGCCAUGGCAGACAAUGCUCAAUGGACACCACCGUGUCGUGCUGGAAGGUGGUGGCUCUCAGACAGUUGCCAGCUCAACAGCAGCCACUGCAUCCCCUUCAUCACGUAUCGCAUCGGCGGCUAUGUGAACAACGCGAACAACAUGAUCUUCAAGGCCAACUUCUUGAACAUUCCGAUCGCAGUGGGAGCCGCGGAUGGCUACUGGUUUGACUCCAACUUCUAUCAUUUGGUGAUGAAGCACGAGGUCCUCUACUUCUUCUUCGAGCCGUACAUCACCUUCGAGCUCCUCGAGCCAACCCUUGUGGAUCUCCCCGCGCCCGACGCCACAGGCUCCUUCUCCGUGGACACCGAGCCGCGCAUCGUGGUGAGUAGCGACUUGGUCAAGUUGGCACCUGAAGUGCGGGAGAUGCUGCUGCGAAUGAAGUGGAGCAUGGAGGACAUUCAGGAAGUGCUUCUGGCCGCUGCGGCUGCGGCGGCCACGGCUGCUGCGGCGGCCACGGCUGCUGCGGCGGCCACGGCUGCUGCGGCGGCCACGGCUGCUGCGACGGCCGCGGCGCUGGAGGAUCAACUACUGGCGAACCUGACGGGCGCCUUUACGACGGGUGCCGCCUCUUCGGCAUCGCCCACCGAGUUCAAAGAACAGGCGGUCUACCAAGGAGCCUGCCAGUGGGUGCUGUCGAACAUGGACACGUGGCUCCCCUGGAUUCCCACGCGGAGCGCUUGCUUUAUGGGCCAGGGCCUCUUUCGCGAGUUACCUGCAGAUCCCGCUUUAUUUCAAUUUGGUCAGUCGGCGGGCUUCGUCACGAGCAACGGCCUGUGGGGCGAGUGGCUCUCCGAACGAAAGGCCCAGGCCAUCUGCCUGGCUUGCCCACCUGGCUUCUAUUCCUCCUCCAUCACCGAUGUCUGGGGUGACACCGCCAUCUGCCGCCAGUGUCCUCCGGGAUCGUAUCAGUCGGUCUACUCCUCCGCGAACUGCGAGCCGUGCUCGGCCGGGAGCUUUGCAGCGGGCAGCCAGAUGACCAGCUGUGAGAAGUGCCCGCAAGGCCAGUACCAAGAUCGUCAGGGUGCCCGCAGUUGCGAACCCUGCGCAGAGGGGCGCACCACCUUGGCCGGGGCCAAGAACGUCACCGAGUGCCUUUGCAAGGAGGAGACUUACUUGUACCGCUCGACCGAGGAGACCUGGAACGCCACGUGCUCGUCCUGCAUCCGGGGCCUCGUGUGCCAGGGCGCCUUCGUGGGGCAACUGCCGGGCUAUUGGGCGGAGGACACAGGCAGCGACUUCUCGGUCUUCGAGUGCCGCGACCAGCUGCAAUGCCCGGGCGGAGCCAUCGGCACCUGCGCGCCGGGACGGGUGGGCCGCGCUUGCGGAAGCUGCGCCGAAGGCUUGGCUCCGAAGGAGGAUGGAACUUGCUCGAAGUGCGGUGGCCAGGCCUAUUGGGGCAUCAUGUUGGUGGUCUUGGUCACCUUUGGCGUGAUUCCGCUGGUGGUGGUCUUCGGCAUCUUUAUGACACGGCUGAAGCGGACCGCCUUGAGUAUCUUCAUGGUGAGCAUUAUCUUUGGGCAGAUCGUCGUGUGUUUGCAGUCCUUGGAUGCGAUUUAUCAGCUGGACAUCACUUGGAUCGAUCCUGCCAAGGCGAUCUUGAACUCUUUGGCUAUCUUCAACCUGGAUUUGGACUUGUCGUGCCUGCUUCCACCCCAAGAUUAUUUGUUGCAAUACGUGGUGCAGCUGGUGACAUAUCCCACGGUCGUUUUAGUGACGUUCCUCAUUUGGUGGGUGCUCCACUGUCGGGGCAGGAGAGUGAGCUUCAACACCUUGGUCAACGUGCACGGGCUCUUGUUGGUGGCAAUGCUCACGGCCAUGUCCUUGGCCAUUACACGGCCGCUGCAAUGCCAGCGGAACCCCAACGCGCUCUUCACCAUCACUUCCCGGCCUCAUGUGAUUUGUUGGCAGAGUGAGGAACAUCAGGCACUGGUGGCCUUGGCAGCCAUAGGGAUCCUGGCAUAUCCGGUGACGAUCCUGGGGGUGAUUAUCUACCUCACCAGGAAGUAUCCCAUUUGGUUACGCUCCGGACAUGGCUUGGAGGUCAUGGAACGGUACCGCUUCCUCUUUGCACGCUUUCGGCCUGAAAGAAGAUACUACUACGGCCUGAUCUUGUCCGUGCACAACCUGCUGGUGGCCCUGAUCCCUGCAGCUCUGGUCUCCUUUCCGGCACUCCAGGUCGGCAUCAUGGGCCUGGUGAUUUGUGCGAAGCUCGUGGUGCAGGGGCUCCUGUGGCCUUGGAAGAUCGACUUAGCCAAUUACAAUGACUUGUCCUUAUCCGCGGGUCUUCUCAUGCUCCUCUUGUUGGCCUCACCGCUGAUGAAUAUCCGGGAGGAGAAUCAUGAGCAGUUCGUGGGCGUCUUGCUCUCCAUCGUGUUGAUCACGGUGCCCCUGGCUGCCCUGGGCACGGCCUUGUCCUUAGUGUUUUUGCGCUUGCGGCCCCAGAGCAAGUACGCCGCCUUCCUUUGUCACCACAAGGCGGGUGCAGGGGCUUUUUGCCGCCUCUUCAAGUUGGUGGCCUCGAAGUAUAUGAAGUUGAAUUUGUUCCUGGACAGCGACGAGCUGGACGACCUGGCCCGGAUCUUCGACAUCGUCAGCGCUGACACCAAGUGCCUGGUGGCCGUGUUGACGUCCGAGCUGCUGAAGCGCAUGUGGUGCGCCGGGGAGAUCGUGAGCGCUCACAAGAAUAAGGUGCCCAUCAUCCCAUUGUAUUGCGACAAGUAUUGCUUCCCCAAUGACUCGCAGAUUGAGCUCAUCGACUCGGUCUGGACGGAGGAGCAGCUGAGCACGCUGACGAGCUAUGGAAUUUCCCUGGAGAAUAUCAAGGCAGCAUACCGAGAAGUGGGUCAAUUGACACCCAUUCUGCUGAACCGAAGCUGUUGCUUGGAAGAGCAGGAAACCACGAUCCUUCAAGUGCUCCACGCUGGCGUCGCUGAUGCCGCCAGCUCCGCCGAGUUGGGCGCGGGACUCCCGCGCGCCAACUCGGCGGGGGCGCAUUUUCUGGUGGUGGCGAUGGAAGAGCCGGAGGCGAUCUCCACCGGAAUGAUUUUGCAGCAGAUGGUGCAGCUCCACUUCCAAGUGUCCGUUUUCUUCGUCCGCCAUGCUGAAGAGAUCUCCGAUGCCCUCAAAGCCACAGCAGGGCUCUUCCUGCUGAGCCGAGGCGCCCUGGAGGAUCCGCGAUUUGCCUCGUGCCUCCUUGCUGCGAGAGAGAUGUCACUCGAGAUGAUCAGCGUGAAUGAUGGGAGCUUCCAAUUUCCACUGCCGGACUUCUAUACCGAGGUGGAGACUGGAAGCCAUAGCCUCAAUCUGGAAGAUCAGAGUUCAGCUCCAGUCUUAGCCAAGGCCUUUCAGGCGUUGCUGAGCAUCUUGGCUUUGCCCUUGACACCGCAUGGCUCUGGAGGACUCUUAGAGAGGCAGGUGGCCCAAAUCUGCCAGCGACUGGCGAGCUUGGAAGAUGGGCCCAGGAAGAGGGCGGAGAGGGGCGCCGAUGACAGCCGCAGCACCUCCAACUUCGUGGCGACGACGAACUCGGCGUUCGAGAAGGAAGAGCUGGAGAAGGAAGAGCUUGAGAAAGAAGAAGACGCGGAAGACGAUUUGUUUUUUGUGUAAGUACAAACCGAACCUUCUUCUGAUCCGCUCUCGCGGGAUCCCGCGAGCAGCGGAGGCGGAGUUCAGCUGCGUUUUUUCAAAGCCCGAGAGUGUAGAAGAUCUGGUUAGCUGCUGGGUGACGACUCUCGCGUUUGUGGCACUCGCGCUCGACCAAGCCGAGCUCCGCUCAGAAUCGCUCCUCCGCAGCCGGACUCGAGAGACCUGCCGGACUCGGUAGUCAUCAUGUGCCUUCAAAAGGUUCCUGUGAGAAUCUUUCGCCACCUUUGGGGAUGGAUUUGUUGAGGGUCCAAGCCGUAUUUUUG